AAGUGACUGCUGAAAAACAAAGGCAGCGAGUCGCGGUUGGGAAAUGUCAUCAGUCAUUCUUAAUGGAGGAAAUAGACUUCAAAUAGUAAACGGUGUUAAUCUUUGAGGGGGGAGAUUAGACAACUGUGAUCGCUGCUUUGGCUGUUUGUGUGUUGACAAGACUCCAAAUCUCGCAACAGCAAGUGAGUAAAUCGGCUUUUGAGAAUCCACAGGUCCCUCUGCUUCGCUCCUUUUCUUUCUGCAUCUCUCCUUUUUGGAAGGAUUUGGACUGAAUGACAGCAGCAGGAGAACUGUUUCACAUCACGGACUUGUUCAUUGCAUCGACUGGCGUGAAUAAUGAAGUUUUCAACAUAGAUGAUGGACGGCGAGUCAGGGGGUUAUUGGAAGACCCAGAUUCAUAGAUGAACGCGUAAAUAUUUCACUCGUUCCUACAACUCUUUUAUACGUUUUAUAGUUUAAAAUCCCGUCUCUACGCAGACAGUCUGAGGCAGAGAGGAAGUUACCUGCGCGCUCGUCUGCCGAGGAGAGGCGCUGUCCGUGGUCCUGAAGUCAUUUCAACAACCCUCCAAUCUCACUACUGGCCUCUUAGGAGUUUCUCCAAAAGACAACAGUUAGAGGGGACACUGUCCACCAGCAGCUCCAGAAAGAGCUUAAUAUGGUAACUCAAACCAGAGUCCAUCUGCAAACUUUGGCACUUUUGGUUUUUGUUGUCCACCUAAGCCAACCAGUAUGUGUCGAAGUCCUGUCAGACACUGAAGCAGUCCUGGGGAAACCCAUGAAGUUGACCUGCAUCUCCUGUAUGAAGAGGGAGGAGAUCGAAGCAAAGACUACUGUGGAUUGGUUCUUCAUGCCAAAUACAGAACAAAACAGCUCACCUGAAAAAAUUCACAUAUACAAGUAUGACAUUGACACUCCACUUCCAUCAGAAGGACCAUUUCAUGGCCGUCUGACCUGGAAUGGGAGCCAGGACCUGCAAGAUAUCUCCAUUGUGAUCAACAACGUCACCUAUAACGACAGUGGCACCUAUGAGUGCAUCACAUUUCGCGAGUUUAAGUUUGAAUUCUUCUCUCCCUCGUUCACUGACCGCAAGAUAAUCGAGUUGAAGGUGAAACCAGAAGCCACUGAAGACACCACAGCGAUCUACUCUGAGAUCAUGAUGUAUGUGCUGUUGGUGUUCUUGACCUUCUGGCUCCUGGUGGAGAUGGUCUACUGCUACAGGAAGAUCUCCAAGUCAGAUGAGCAGGCGCAGGAUACAGCGACAAACUACCUAGCCGUUCCCUCUGAGCAGAAAGAAAACCCAGCCGCUCCUGUUACCGAAUAAAAGUGGUUGUCAGUGAUACGGUAUUAACCAAUCAUGUUGGAACUCCAGUGACAGAAACAGUCAUUGAGUCCAGAACGUUGUCUAUGCCGAUAUGAAGGUAUCGUUAUUCCUAGACAGCCAUGGGAAUCCUGCCAACUGACCUCCCCUGUGUAUCGACUGUGUUUUGUGAGGAACCAGUCAUAAAUGUGCAAGUGCUAAAUUUUCCUCCUCUUUUUCCUCUCAAUAUUUUUUCUACCUUCGUGAAAUGAAAUGAAGUGGUUUCACAAAUACAGCAGUGUCCUUCACUUAUAAUCAGAUAAAUGCCAGCCAUGCUUCAUUUUGACCUGCCAGUGUGUAGAGUUACUAAAUAUUUUCUUCGUAGUUAGUAGUGCCUCUGUGAUUUACAACCUAUAAACUGCAAAGAUCCAAUGAAAGAAACUGUCCUACUGCUGUCAUGGCUAUUAUAUAAAACUUAUAUACUGACUCUGUAGUACUCAUUCAGUUCAUUUUGUUAAUACAAUUUUAUAGACUGCGCUUAGAUUUUGGGUCACAGUUUUAUUUGUUUUGGCCAAUAUCUUUUUGAUGUCUUUUUAAUGAAAAUGGAUUGCAUAGCUUUUAUACUGUGUGAAUGUGCAUCUCUCCCUGUUUUGCUGUGUGCAUCAGUGAAACUACAAUGUAAUGGAAAUAUAAAAAGACAGAUGACAUGGCAUUACAACUGUACAUCAGUCUUUAAGAGUCGAUCUGAAUUCAUCUUUCCUAUUCUCUUUAUAAAUCUUUAAUUCAGCACUGAUGUCAAAGUACAUUCAGUAGGUCUUACUGCAUACAGCUACUUGCUACUAGCUUUGACUGUUGCUGGUGUUCUACAGAAGCAUUGCUCUUGAGACUAAAUGUGUGCCUAUUUCUAUGGUGCAACACUGUAGAAAUGUAUAUAUUUUGUGAUUCAAUCACUGUUCUUUGUCCAUUACAGAACUGUGUGACUGCUGCUUUUAAAUGAUUAAAUUUGGUG